UACGAAGAGCUUGGGGAGGUUCGGUUCAACAGAGUUGGUAGACCACGUCCCCUGCCCAUAAAGAGCUUACUCUGUCUCCCAUUCAGAGCAUUUCCAAGACAUCCUUAUCCCUCUCUUGCAGAGCUCGGGACCUGGACCCCUCCACAUUGAGUCUACAGUGAUACUGUUGUGCACACCACUGCUGUGGCUAGUUUACGAAAUGAACUUUGCCACUUAACGAUAAGCAGCGGCUCAAAGGGGAACGGAAGGGCCUGCUGGGUAGCAGAGGUGGAGGAGGGCAGUUCAACGUUAGUGAACGAUUCAGCCUCAAGAGCCUCAGGACGGGACUCGUCCCCCAAGAGCCCUAAGAGCGGAGUCGUUUCCAAAAAGAAAAAAGUCAACUAUGGGUAAUCCAGCCAACCUAGAAGAUGCGUACGUCGCUGUGAUUCGCCCAAAGAAUGCUGCCAGUCUCAAUUCUCGGGAAUAUCGAGCUAAGUCUUAUGAAAUUUUAUUGCUAGAGGUUCCUAUUGAGGGGCAGAAAAAAAAGAGGAAAAAGGUUUUGCUGGAGGCCACAGUCCAAGGAGGCAGUGAACUGACCCAGGGAAUUUUGGAUUACGUGAUCGAAAGCACCAAGCCCAUUUCCCCAGGCAAUCAAGGAAUCCGAGGGAAACGAGUAGUAUUAAUGAAGAAGUUUCCUCUCGAUGGAGAGAAGGCAGGCCGGGAAGCAUCGCUUUUCAUCGUCCCGUCAGUCGUCAAAGAUAACACAAAAUAUACCUACAGUCCAGGAUGCCCAGUUUUCUAUUGCUUCCAGGACAUCAUGAGAGUGUGUAGUGAAUCCAGUUCUCACUUUGCUACCCUCACGGCAAGAAUGCUCAUCGCCUUGGAUAAGUGGUUAGAUGAGCGGCAUGCCCAGUCCCAUUUCAUCCCAGCCUUAUUCCGGCCCUCUCCCUUGGAGAGGAUUAAAAGUAACGUCACCAACCCGGCGUACGCCACCGACCCCGGGCCGACGGACAGCGCGCUGCACAUGGGCUACAGUGCGCUAGAAAUAAAGAGCAAGAUGGUGGCCCUGGAAACCGCGGACACGUGUAUCUACAACCCCCUGUUUGGCUCCGACCUCCAGUACACCAACAGGGUGGACAAGGUGGUGAUCAACCCGUACUUUGGGCUUGGUGCUCCAGAUUACUCCAAGAUCCAGAUUCCCAAGCAGGAAAAAUGGCGGCGCAGUAUGAGCAGUGUCAUGGAAGACAAGGAGCGCCAGUGGGUGGAUGACUUCCCCCUCCACCGCAGUGCCUGCGAAGGGGAUUCGGAACUGCUGAGCCGACUGCUCGAUGACAACUUUUCAGUCAACCAGUUAGACAGUGACCACUGGGCGCCGAUCCACUACGCGUGCUGGUAUGGGAAAGUGGAAGCCACUCGAAUGCUGUUGGAUAAAGGGAAAUGUAAUCCAAACCUCCUCAACGGACAGCUUAGUUCUCCUCUUCAUUUUGCUGCUGGAGGAGGGCAUGCUGAAAUAGUGCAGAUCCUGCUACAACACCCAGAAAUUGACAGACACAUUAGCGACCAGCAAGGAAGAUCUCCAUUAAACAUCUGUGAAGAGAGCAAGCAGAACGAAUGGGAAGAGACGGCAAAGCUGUUGAAGGAAUCCCUGAAUAAACCUUACGAGAAGGUGCGGAUCUACCGGAUGGAUGGGUCAUACCGCUCGGUGGAGCUGAGGCAUGGCGGCAACACCACGGUCCAGCAGAUCAUGGAGGGCGUGCGCCUCUCGCCAGAAACCCAGCAGUACUUCACCAUCUGGAUCUGCUCCGAAAACCUCAGCCUGCAGCUGAAGCCCUACCACAAACCCCUGCAACACGUUCGCGACUGGCCAGAAAUCCUUGCUGAGUUGACCAACCUGGAUCCACAGAGGGAAACGCCCCAACUUUUCCUGAGAAGGGAUGUGAGACUUCCUCUGGAAGUGGAAAAAAAGAUCGAGGAUCCACUCGCUAUCCUUAUUCUCUUCGACGAAGCCAGAUAUCACUUGCUGAAAGGCUAUUACACGUCUCCGGACGCCAAGCUGAUAACUCUGGCCAGCCUGCUGCUGCAGAUAGUCUACGGAAACUAUGAGAGUAAAAAGCACAAGCAAGGGUUCCUGAACGAAGAAAAUCUCAAAUCCAUAGUGCCCAUUACCAAGUUGAAGAACAAGGCGCCUCACUGGACCAACAGAAUCCUUCACGAGUACAAGAAUCUCAGCGCAAGUGAGGGGGUCAGCAAGGAGACCCAUCACCAUCACCUCCAGCGGAUGUUCCUGCAGAACUGCUGGGAAAUUCCAACCUACGGGGCGGCUUUUUUCACAGGACAAGUGUUCACCAAGGCGACCUCCAGCAGCCACAAAGUCAUCCGCGUGUAUGUGGGCGUGAACGUGAAAGGGCUCCACCUCCUCAACAUGGAAACCAAGACGUUACUCAUCAGCCUAAAGUAUGGUUGCUUUAUGUGGCAGUUGGGAGAUGCCGAUACCUGUUUUCAAAUUCAUAGUCUGGAAAACAAAAUGAGCUUCAUAGUGCACACCAAACAGGCGGGCCUUGUGGUACAGCUCCUCAUGAAGCUGAACGGGCAGUUGAUGCCCCCUGAAAGGAAUGAAUGAAUUCAGUUCUCCAACCCUCAAGUAUUAUCCGGAUAAUCUGACUGGGUUUUCACUGAGAGAGCUCAUGGACUAUCAGCUUUGUAGAAAUGUUCCAUUUUUGUAUUGUUUUAUGUUGUACAGGAUCUGCAUUUUUAAAAAACUGGAAUAUGCCAGCUAUUUUUAUAUGAUAAUAUUCUCUUUGCGCUCUUCUCAUUUUUGAGAUAAACAUGAAAUUGUUUGUGUUAAGAAGUGUGUUAGACGUAGUCAAGAAAACAAAACCCAGUGAGUUUUGGGACAGCCGAGAUCCUUCAGGCCCCGUAAUCGACCUGAGAGCCAGCCAGUGCUUUGGUAGAUUUCUGUAGGUUAGGUUCAGGAGCUAAUGGCAACUAGACUUGCUUUAUUGACCACAUGUCAAACCAUCAGCAGGGUGGCUCAGAGCGAUUUUAUUGGCUGUAAAUCUCUGAAAAUGUUGUGCAACUGUUUUAAGACUCACAUUAAAACUGCUGGUUCUGAGGCUUUUCAGGUAAA